AUGGCUAUCGGACCAACUGGAUCAUUUUACAAAGCAGAGGAGUUUGAUUGCAGUACCAUCAAGGGAAGCAGUGGUUCAUUCACUGAUGCCCUCCACGAGAACCCAUACCUGACUAUAGUGAUCCUAGUAGCCGGUGUAGCCGGCGGUCUGGCAUUGGUUAUCGCUGUCAUCUUCUUCUGUAAAUACUGCGUCAAGGGAAAGAGAGGACUGAACAGAACACCUGCAUUUUUUAAUCGCCUGCCAUCUGAGGUGGAAGCUGAGAGGGCCAGAAGAAGAAGACAGAUCUUAGAAGCAGCCGCACAGAGCAGAGCAGAGCAGCAUAAAGCUUUCAUCACGGCAGAUGGUUCACCAGAACGGUUACUCCAGGAGGAUGGGGCUCCUAACGGAGAUGGAGAAACUUCAGAAAAACACAUCGAAGAGGAAGGAGAAAAUCGUUGGAACCCACCGACCUACAUACCCCCUACCUGUACCCUGGGUGAGAUCACUGAAUGUGACAGUGAGAACCUGGAGGGGAUGGACACACCCAGAACACCCUGCUCCAAUCAUACAUCGAGGAGUAGAGAGGUUUCCUUCUCCGUAUCCGACAGAGAUAACAGAUACUGCGACCAUAACGGUGAUGUAUCCGACAACUCACAGGUUGUGAUAAGACGACAUGGUGACGUCAGUCCUUUGCAUCCAAUUCCGGCUGACGAAUUCGAGCGGGUUGGUCGAUACCGAGGAAAGUCACCGAGGACUCUCCUUAAUCCCGGAGAGGUUGUCAAGAGCGAGGCCACUAAGUCUGGCGAUUCUCUCACAGUACAUGUCCAAGUCCAUAACCACCCGGUCAAUGACCCUGCGGCAAAGAGAGAGCUGAAGUCAGCCGAUUUCAAGAACAGCAAAGGCGAUAUCAGCCAGAUACGGCUAAUUGAUGACAGGCAGAGGAGUCCUAUUAGGGAGACUGGAGGAAAGAGGGAGCGUGAUAGAAGCGCAGAUGACAAAGUGCCUAUCAAAGGAGAUCGUUCACCAUCUCGAACGAGACGGAAAGACACACCAGAUGCAGAACGACACUCGCACCAACCCGCUGAUGACGUUGACCGGCGAAAGGAACCCGCACACAGUCCAAGGGAAGAGGUCAAGAAUCAAACCGCGCGUGCAAGUGAAUAUCGGGACCUCUGGCAGCUGAGGUCAACACUAGAGAUGCAGCAUUCUUCUGAAGAAUCGGGAUCAUCUGAAUACGAUACUGUCGCAGCAGCGAAUGUUGAAGAUAACAUACUUCCUCCCCUCCUGAGGAGUCCAACUCUAGAAGAGGAGAGUAGUGGACAGGAGAAGAGUGACGGGAAAAGUGGUAUAGAUGAUAGCUUUGAGCAAGCUGUAAGUAGUAUUAGCGCAGAAGAGUCAGACAUAUCCGAAAGAGACAGGGACAGUGGUGGUUCAGGGAAAGAUGGACCGAGAAAUCUUCGCAGAAUGCAUGGGGACAGUGGCUAUGCAUCCAUAGAACAAAAGACGGAGACAGAAUGGAAACGUCGCCAAAUGUUCGCGGCCAGCGAUCAUGAAAGCACAAGCUUUGAAAGUGCACAGACUUUUACCAUGUCGAGUGAUAGUAGUAGUCCGACGGUAGAUAAGCCAAUGGUUAACGCUGUCGUAGGACGAGCAAGCGAGGACAACAAGCCUAUGACACGCAACAGAGGUGAUCGCCGUACUGCGUCAACGAAACGACGAGAAUUCGUAGCCGGAAGAGAGGAAGCUAUCUUUGGCAGUUUUAGCUUUCCUGAAGAAGAAACUGAAACAUCUGGAACGGAAUCCACUGUUACAACAGGGAAAGAAAGCGAUCAAACAUUAAACGACAGACGAGGAGCGCUGCGAGAGAGGAAGAUCCGUCGUACUAGUCCUCUAGCUAGAUCUCGGGAGGAUGGACUUAGUUGUUAUCCUAAGGGUAGAGAUUACAGUAUAGAUGAGAAAACGGAUGCCUUGUUCAAAGAGUUUAUUAAACAAGAUGUUCUCUUUGAUACCAAUUCUAGAAGGUCUCGUCCAUAUAGGAGCCAUAGAUUGCAGCUUCAUAACAAGCAGCAUAGUGAUUCCAUGUUAGAAUAUCCAACUAAGAUAAUAUGUAGUCAAGGGAGUAAUGAGCCUAGGAGUAUCAGCUUCGAAUUACGAGCCGGUGGAGAAAGCUCCGCUAAAGAACGGCUGACUACUCUCUUGCCUGGUACCGGUAGAACAAAGUCUCUAAUAUCUCAAGAUAGCAUCGAAGAGGAAUAUUUACGACAGGAAAGAAAGAAGGUCUAUAGUACAGAAGGAUCACCCGAGUCGAAGUCUUCUAGGGAACCUUCCCGUGAAGCAUCUAGAGAAGCAUCACGCGAACCGUCUCGUGAACCGUCAAGAGAACCUUCACCAACUGGUGAUCCGAAGUCCCACACAAUCACGCCUUUCAAACAUUAUGAUCGACCUGAAAAGACUCCUUCUCUCGACUUGCCUCCCAGGUUAGAGGACGUCAAGAACAGACGAAGCGCUUUCCGGUUGGUGAAACGAUCGCCCCAGAUUCGGCGAGCAGGGGCCGCUUCGUUUCAGGAAUGCGCAGUCACCGCCUUCAGUGCAGACAUGUGUGAGGUUGAUGAUGAGAGAGAAAGAACGAGAAGGGAGAGCAUUCCUUCUAGACAUUCAUUAGAUCUUAGGGAUUUACGGGACAGACAAACCAUCGAGCCACCUACCAUCCUUGUAGGAGGAUACGAAACACCAGAUGAACAACACACACCAGAAAGGGACGACAGAUUACCAGCACGGCCUAAAGAACCUUUACCAGUGUCACCUGGCAGAAGGCCCCCUCCUGAAGACUUUGCUCGUCCGGCUCGAUCAGAAGAACGGUCACGCAGUCCUCGUAGCAGAAGGCAUCAGCGAUUCCAUGAUGUCAGUCCAAACAGAGGGGAAUCACCAGGAAGGGGUGUGUCCCCCGGCCGUGGAUCAAGCAACGCUCACUAUAGGGCAUCCAAAUCUCCAACAAGGCCUCGGCGAAGUAUGGAGAGCCUUAGUAUGGAUAGAGGCGAUCGGGGUUACCACGAAUCACCCGACGGAAGGAGAGAUUUUCUGCAAGUGCCUGGAAACCGCGGAACAGGAAGAUCAGCAAGUUCUUCACCACGACAUCGGCUCAGGAAGCACGACACAUUCGGUGGAGUCAGUCGACCAUUCAGUGAAGAGUGUCUGUCACGAAAUGACGAACCCAUUCGUGACCAUCCAGAAUAUCAACAAACAUUCCAUCAGGGUAGAUAUGUACGACCUAUAGAUUUCGAAAAGUUAGACAAGAGACAUCAGAAACCACAUUCCAAGCAAGCUGAAAAGAUCCUUAGAUUCGAAACCAGGUCGGGAUCCGAAACAGCUCUACUUGACUGCAGGGAGGAGCGAAGCAGGAGGGAGGCACGUAGGUCACCGGUGAGGGCGCAUAGUGACCAAGACGUACUGUCUGAUUGGAGAAGAAAUGGAGAACAUAAAGCAAGAUCACCAGAGAAAUUUUGAUAAAGGUUUCAUAUAUGUUACCCUCUGUUGAAUGUGACUUUAUAUUUUUUAUUUUGCAGCUUACUAUAUUUGUUUAAAAUGUGAACGCAAAAUCCAGUUGUGCUUUGAUUUACCGAUUUCUGUCUAUAUAUUUAAAAGAUCGUAUGUUACCAUGAUUCAGAGAAAAAACGUAUUAUCAUUCACACCAGUGCAGUUUAUCUUAAGCAACCUAAAUUGUUAUGUUACCCUUUGGGGAUAGUUUGAUAGUUUUUUUGGUUUCCGAAGUAGUUUGUUUCAUGACUUGUCGACCAGUGUCUCAUAUCGUAAACAAACAUUUGCCAAUUUGAAAUGCCAAUACUAAUUCGUUACACCAAUCAUUCUGUUGAAGAAAAUGAAUAUGCGUCAAUGGCCUUGAUUGGCUUCUCACAGUCGACGAUCGAUUACAAUCAUCAGGGUCCAGUUUCAUAAAGAUUUGUUAU